AUGUGGUUAUUUCCAUUUUCCAGCUCCAUUGCUAUUUAUCACUUUCUCUCUCUAGAAAAAUGCAGCUGCAAACCCAAAACCUCUCUCUGUCUAAAACCCUAAACCCUCAUCAUCUCUUCCCGUUUCCCUCCAAAUUAUGCAACCCUCUUCUCAAAACCCUGCCCACUUUUCACCCUUUCGCCGCCGCAACCCAAAAUCCCCUAAAAAUCCACUCGCAGAUAGCACCUCCUUACCCCAAUUCCCGCCAAAAUGCCAGCAAUCGGCCGGACCUCCGAUGCUUCGCCGGACGGAGCAAAGCCAAACCAGGAGACUCCUCCUCCGGCCGCAUCGAGGGCGGCGCGGACAUCCGCCGCGAGGCCAAGCGCAACGCCCGCCGGAGAAGCAAAAAAAUGGCGGAGAGCCUGUUCUACAGGCUGAAGAACCCCCACAAGAAUCACCCGGACAACUUCUCCGAGGAGGAGCUCCAAAUGAUAGGCCUCGGCUACGACCGCCUGGUCCGGUUCAUGGAUAAGGACGACCCCAAUUUAAAGCACCCACACGACUGGUACAAGUACGGCGAAUUCGGCCCCUACUCUUGGCGCGGGGUGGUUUUAGGCGACCCCAUUCGCGGGAGCUUCUCCGACGAACGCGUCACCAUGAUCGGAGAAGUCAGCGAUCAAGAAGAGUGGGAGAAGAUCGAACAGCACGACAUGGCGGUGGAGUAUCAAGAGAGACUGGAUAAGAUGGAUAAAAACAGGGGAUUUAGGUAUUUCUGGGUUUUCGUCAGGCACCCGAAAUGGACAAUUACCGAUUCGCCAUGGGAGCAGUGGACUUUGGUGAGUGAGGUUGUGGUGGAGGCCGGAAAGCAGAGGUUGGAUAAGUGGACUCUGAUGGGGAGGCUAGGGAAUAAGGCCCGCGCGAUGAUUACGCAGUGUGCUUCUUGGAUGAGGCCCGAUAUAUUGUACGUAAAGAGGCCCGUUUAUCAGUGUAGAUUCGAGCCUCAAGAUGAGUUCUUUUCUGCAUUAGGGCCGUUGCUUGACCCUGAAACGGAGGAGGAUUACAUGUGCGAAUUGGUGAAGGAAGAUGGGAGCGUGGAGUUUUGUACGUAUUUCGCGGGUUUGUGCAAGAUUGUGAGGGUGAAUCCAAAGGCGUUUGUGGAUGAUGUGGUGAACGCGUACGAGAAGUUGGGCGACGAGAAGAAGUCCAAGUGUUUGGAGUUUUUGUUGAACAAUCAUCCGGUGAUGCUUUUGCAUCCGCAGACCAAGGAGUGGAAGGCAAAAUUGGAGGAAGCUGAGUUGGGUUGUGAUGCACCGGACAAUGAUGAUGAUGAUUAUGGUGGUGCGAACGAGACGGACAAUGAGAUAGUUGAUUGGGUUGAGGAUGAUGGGAAUGAUGAUGUCAUUGAUGAUGAUGAUGAUGAUGUCAUUGAUGUUGGAGAUGAUGUCAUUCUUGAUGAGGAAGAAGGAGCGGUAGAUGAUGAUAAUUUGGAACCGGAAGAAGAUGCAAAGUAUUGGGAUGAGGAAUUCAAGAAUGCGAUUAAGAGCAACGAGGGUAUGGAGAAGCUAGUGGGGAAGAGUAUAGAGGCGUCUAAUAAGUACUACGAGAAGCAAAUGAAGUCGAUGGAGAAGAAGGAGAAUAUGGAGGAUGGUGGAAAUGAAUUGGAAACGAGAGGGAAAAGGGCGAAAGUGAGUCCGAGGGAAUGGAAGUUGUUAGGGUACGGUCCGUAUAGGAAGAGGGUGAAUAAGAGUAAGAUUCCUCAUGGUUUGUUCUUACGAGCAGCUGUUAGGCCAUUUACGUACAGGAAUCUUGUGAAGGAGAUUGUUCUUACGAGGCAUGCGAUUUUAGAAGGGGAGAUUGAGACCAAGAAAUGAAAAGCCUUUUGAUAUGUAAAUUAAGUGGACGCAUCAAUACUGUUGUGAUUUAGUGGGAACGAACGAACUCGUUAAACCACAAGUGAUGUGGUUCGAAAUUGAUAUUGAAAUGGUUUCUUCAUU